AUGAGCAAACAGAACACGAGCUCACUCUACUAUAGUGGACAGUUUCCCUCCCGCUAUGCGAUGAAGGUGCCAUCGAACAUAUCAGCGGUUCUUCUGUGCCUCCUCUACGGAGCAGUAAAUAGCCAAUCGAAUGAAUCAUUGUUGUGCAUUGGCAACACUUUUGUCACCAGAUUGGUGACCGUGAUCCUCGAUAGAAACAGAGAAUCGAUCCGGAUCAACGAACCGAACAGCCUCGGGAACGCAACCCAGAACAUCGGUCUUUUCGUUCUGAAGAACGCGAGAGCCUACGGCAUAUGGCGGGCUCAAUUCCACGGAGAGGUACAAGUGAAUUGCAACAACGUGAAGAGGCCGAGUUUGGCGAUUGUUAAGGUACCCAUACAAAUAGCGGAUGCCGCUUUCGCCUUCGAUUACAUUCUGCCGGGACACCUCGCCUACGGGAAGAUCAUCGUUACCUCCGACUUUCUCGGUCAGAUCGCGACUCUGGAAGUGCCGCUGAAGCGUGGCACGGAUGAUCGAGUUCUCAUCACCGGAAUCGAGUUCUACCGUGCCGAUGACUUCAAAAUCUCCUUCACGGGCUUGAGUUUCCUGACUCGUGGUCUCAGUAGCGCGCUUUGGGCGGCUUAUCGAGUCGUGCCUCAGAUCCCUCUCCAACUCUAUCGCUCACUCGCGCUCAGAAGCGUGCAAGAUUAUAUCGACAAUAACCCGCUACCCUUCUGA